GUCAUUGCUGCAGUGCAACUCACAGCCUGGGAGAAAGAAACAUUCGCUGAGCCCAGCUCCCCCCCCCGACUCGGGAUCAUGGGCUCCUUGCUUUCCGACCGCGUGUAUAUCGGCAUACGGUGAAGGUUGGGAUACUGACCGGAAACCCAUGGGCCUGCACGAGGCGCGAGUAGGGAAGUCGGACGCGAUGGGCCGCGAUCUCGUCCACUUGAUUCGGAACCCUCAAUUAUCGCCCGAUUCUGUGGACUCGAUCCUGAGUCCCAGCGAAUACAGACAAGAAACCUCCCCGGUACCGUUUGAGGCUGCUCGCGACUACUCGCUAUCAUGGACCGGCGAGCCACUUGCGCAGACGCCGGACGAUGUCGACUCGCCCGGUAGCUCCGUGCAGACGCCGCCAAAUAGUUCUAAUAAGCGCAGCCAUCGUAAGAGGACGCAUAGCCCCGAUGUCUGGGAAGCGCACAAGGCGGAGAUAGCCCGCCUCUAUCUAGACGAGAAUAAACGUCUCAAGGAUGUAAUGGAAAUCAUGGAGAGCCAAUGGGGAUUUCGCGCAUCCCAAAAGAUGUACAAGACGAAGCUCACGCAAUGGAAAUUCUUCAAGAAUAACCGCCAGGCUGACGUAGCAAACUUGCUCUACUUACAGCGUCACCGGCUGGCCAUCGGCAAGGAGAGUACUUUUCGUAGGAAUGGCAAGCCGAUCGAUGUGGAGGCGUAUAUGAGAAGAAGGGGGAUCAGUGCCUUCGAUCUAGUCGAGGUGGCCGACUCUGGCGAUCUGCCACCGACGGUUAGAUGUCGUACGCCGCCUUCGGUCCCAAAGAUACUAGAUCCCCCAGACGACCUUCGUCUCAAGGAGAGGUUCUUCCAGUGGACCUCGCAGAAAUUUGUUAAACCUCGGCCGAUAGAGUCGGGCUAUCUGAAGAGGCUCGACUCACAUCACGCGAGCAAGGCGUUGCAUUCCGUCCAGCUGCUCACCCAUGGAUGUUGGCUAUUUUCAACUGGUCGUAAUCGAGAGGCCGGGGACUUCUGUCGGGGAGCCUUCGCCCUACUUCAUCAUGUCCUCGAGACGUCCGCUUUCCUUUCCUUCUUCGAGAUGAUGAUGGCGAUCCGCAGGUAUCCCAACGCAGAAAUUAUUAAAGAGCUUUGGAGUUAUCUGUCGCGGUACGCCGCCGCGAUUGAUGGGGUGAACCAGCCGCUGCAUCGGGUAUUGGCUGCCUUUUCCAACUUUUCGCAGCAGCACGGCUUGGUGCACAACAUCGAUAUUUUGGACUGGGCGUUGCAGUGGGCCUCGGGCAGAUUUAAUAGUUCCUUUGAUGGCAAGGCGUUUGACUAUACCAUGCUCAAGCCGUGGGAUCUCGUGCCCGUAGGAAAUUCGUAUCAUCGAUAUUAUCUAUGUCUAAACCACUGGGAAGUCGAGUCUAUACCCACCGUAACCAUACCGAGCCUGGACGUGUACGAAGACCCUUCGAAUUUGCGAGCCGACUUGCUACUCAUUUUUGGUAACCAGAGUAGCUGGCGCGACGACAGGAUCUCGAAGGUCGCGUUGAAAGUGCUCGAGCAGAACAGGUCGUCUCCCAAGCCUUCGGAUUAUCUCGAAUUUGUCUGCCUCUACUCCACGGCCCAGCAUAGCAAAGUACGAUCCGCCGGUGAAGAUCCCACGACAAGCAUCGACCACAAGUUAGCUAGAGAAUACCUACAGCUGGCCGCGGAUCUUCAGAAGCGGGCUUGGCCGCCGGGGAAGAACUAUUACGAGACGCUGACGCUCCUCGAGUGCUGGUAUCGAGAAGCAGGCGACUAUGAGUCCGCAGAGGCUACGCGAACGAAACGUGACCAGGAUUGCGUGGACGUAUUGAAAACUUUGUCUAAAUGAAAAAAUACCCCGACCUCAGGGUCAUGUGGCGUUUGUAGGGUUAUGUUAUGAGAUAGGCAGCUGUCGUGUUAUUGCUUGACGUUAAAUUAUUCAGUUGGGAAUAAUGCCCGAGAUGGAGGGCAAUGCGCAA